AUGCAGGCCUGGAGCACUCCUGAAGAUCUCGAUCAUACGCAUGCAGAAACGCCUCUGAUAGCCACGGCUGGGGCUACAGCUGACUCUGGCGUCGAUCUCCGAGCCGAGACAUAUGGAACCUUUAACACGGUCGAAAUCAACGAAGAAAAAAGUUGGACGAUCAAUGCAAAUGGCACUUCUCGCCCGCCAUCUGUUUCGUCCAACGAUCGUGACAGACCAAGGAUUUUCACGCGCAAAGUGGUCAUGAUCGUCGUCGCACUCGGCAUCUUUACCUACCACUCGAUGACCUAUGACCAUCUAUUACCAAUAUUCCUCCAAGACGAAUAUAUCGAGCCUCGCAGCAGCUCGCCAUGGUCUAUUCCUGGUGGUCUUGGUCUUACGACGCAGUCGGUAGGAAUCAUAAUGUCAGUCAAUGGCCUCAUCGCUCUGUUCAUCCAAGCAAUCCUCUUCCCACUCUUCACAUCAUGGCUUGGUGUUUGGAAGGUGUUUGUUUUGGUCACGGUCCUCCAUCCGAUAGCAUAUGUCAUUGUGCCGUACCUUUACUUCGUGAGCGGAAGUGCCCUUUACCCUGCAAUCUACGCCUGUCUCACCGUUAGGAAUUUCACCUCUAUUCUAGCUUACCCUGUCCUACUGAUCAUGCUCAAAGAAGCUGCGACAGGUCCUUCAGUACUUGGAAAACUUAAUGGGCUUGCAGCCUCGGCAGGAGCAGCAUGUCGUACCCUUGCUCCACCACUGGCAGGUUACCUUUAUACUGUCGGGUCACACAUCGGCUUCACAGGUCUCGCCUGGUGGGGAAGCGUCUUAGUAGCUUUGAUUGGCGCUUUCCAAAUUCUGAUUGUGAAGAGGACAAAGAACAAGACCGCAACGAUCAAGCCCAUGGCGAGUUUCAUUCGUCCGGCAAUGCACGACAAUGACGAGGUCAUACACAUAAUGGUGACCGACGAUUCUUGA